UAGGAAACUUCUUUAAUGGAUAUUUUUAAUUUAUCUCUGUUAAAUUUUGUUUCUUGGCAACGCUCCUGUUCUUCGGUUUCAGCCAGUUCGGCAGCUCUCGUGUAUUCUGUCGUUCACUUUUCUACAGCUGUCUCCACAGGCAAAAUGGGGGCUCACAAAACAUUGAAAGUCAAGAAGCUUCUGGCAAAGAAGAUGAAGCAAAACAGGCCGAUCCCUCAAUGGAUUCGUCUUAGGACUGAUAAUACUAUCAGAUACAACGCUAAGCGUCGUCAUUGGCGCAGGAAGAAGCUGAAGUUGUAAGAUGGAUCGUCAGCAGAACCGUGCGUGUUCCUUGGUCAAAAGUAUUUUCACCAAACAAUUUCCUUGUGUUAAGGAUUUUGGAAGACUUGUAUGCUAUUUGUCCAAUGGAAUCAUACAAGGAUCUAUUCAAAUGUA